AUAAAAAUUUGGAAUUACUUCCUCUUCAGAGUCUUCCCUAUCAUAACUCAAAUAGAUUUUUCUUUUCCGUCGUGCCUACGAUAUGACGUCUACAGUCCGGCCUUGCAGACCUCCUCCACCUGUUCCAAAGCCAGGACACGUUAGAGUAGUAAGAGCUCUGUAUCGCUAUGAGGCUCAACAGGGCGAUGAGCUGUCCUUUGACGAGGGUGACACACUUUACAUUCUUGAUAUGAGUAACACUGAUUGGUGGAAAGCAAAGUGUGGAAACAACACGGGACUUAUCCCCAGUAAUUACGUUGACCAAAAUACAGAGGCUAUUGACUACCCACUUCACGAAGCUUCAAAACGUGGAAACAUCACAUUUAUGAGGGAAUGCAUAUCAAACAAUGUGUCUGUCAAUGGCUUAGAUAAAGCUGGAUCCACUCCUCUACACUGGGCAGCACAUGGGGGACACUUAGACUGUAUCCAGUUAUUACUCGGCUCAAACUGUCAGGUCAACGUUCAGAAUAAAUUAGGAGACACCCCAUUACAUUCAGCAGCCUGGAAGAACCACGCAGAGGCAGUCAAACUGUUAAUUCAGAAAGGUGCUCGAGUGGAUAUUAAGAAUAAUGAAGGCAGGUUGCCACUGGAGCUAACGAAGGAUCCAGAGUGUGCAGCCCUGAUCAAACAAGCAGUUGCGCCAAGGAACAGUUAUUCAAAUGAUUAUGGAGAUGAGGAGGACUCCGAUUAGACUCACUCAACCAUGUCAAGAUGGUGGAUUUCAUUUUGAUCCGCUGGUUUUCUCGGUCCAUUUAUAAUUGCGCAACAUUUACCUUAGGUUGACCAUUUCAGAACUUUGACAGCACUAUGCACUGAGUGUGCUAUUUAUAACACAGAGGCAUUUACCUUUUAUUCAAUGUAAAAAGGUGUAUAAAAUUCUUGUUUUCACAAGAUGAACAUCAUGUAUUCAGUGAAAUGAAAACAAAACUGCUUUAUAUAAUAGUA